AUGAUGAGCUUUGCAUCCGCCAAACUCAACCGCGUCCACAGCGGCUGCAGUCGGCGACGAGGAUGUGUUGAGAAAAACCGACGGGCGGCGAGGAUAUGCUGCGCUUCCUCGAAUGAAUCUGAUGUGGAGGCCACACUGGAAUUGCCUGCAAAAGGCAAACAGGCUGUGCUGGAACUGCGGGUGGAAGUUUCAAAACCCUUACCCGCCGUAGAGGGGAAGGGGGACGCUCGUGAGUUCGUUCGUUCUGACGGUGCGCUCCACUCCUUUUUACAGGGUGGACCUUCCACUCCACAGCUGCUCGGUGAAGGGCAUUGGAGAGUGGUGGCCCCGGGCUUCGCUGGAAAGCUUUUCUUCAUAGGACCUUCGGUUGAAUUCUAUCCGGUGAACGAGGUUGAGAUUUUGCACUCCGACAUCGACGACAAAGAGUGGGCACAGGUGACUCUCGCAUUGAAACGGGGUUCGAUUGAGGGGUGUCCAGCUUCAGUGGUGGACUGGAUCAAUCAAGCGUACACCACCGACCGGACGACAACCAUUGUGACUGUGGAUUCAAGGAUGGGAAUGGUGGUGACCUCGGUAGAUGUGCGCAUCAGCAUCAUGGUUCCCAAGCUGUUCUCUCUUGUGCCCACUCAUAAAAUAGAAGCCGCUAUGAAGGCUUCGGCGCUGGGGUCAACUGAGGCUGCCUUGAGGACUGUGUGCGACGCUGUGGGGGAGGCGUGGAUGACUUAUCAUGCUGGCGGAGGAUUAACGCGCGUUUAG